AUAAGACAAAAUUCCAACAAGAUUUAUUUCAAUAAACAGCUUUGUUUCGUUUGUGUACGUUUGUCUUAGAGUAUAUUUCCGAAGAGUUAGAAAUGCUGGUAUACAAAGUCUUUCUGAGUGUUCUUGUUGCGGCUGCUGUGAUAACAGAAUGCUAUACUAUUAGCUUUAGUGAACCUAUUUCAAUUGGAACAGUAAAUGGAUAUAAAAUAAAGUUCUGCGAAUACAAACUGACAAAGAUGCUGCCUAAAUCAAAGAUCCAUGACGCCGAAGCGUGUCUAACAUGUUCAUGUAACAAAAAAAGUUUGAAAUGCAAAGAUUAUAAUAAAAUACCUGGUUGUAAAUUGGUGCCAGGAGGGUUGUUGACCCAGAACCCAUUUGACGAAAAAUGGAUAGUUAUGAUUGAUAGGUUAAUUAAGAGUAUAUAUGUAGGUAAAUACCGAGUUCUACAAGUGAGAACCCAGACUGUGACUGGGGGCUGGACGAAUAUAUACUUGAAACUUCUUGUAAUCGAUAGACUUUGUGAUCUGAAGAUAUUUGACCCUUUAAACGGAAUCAUCCAGAUAACUGAAGACCCUUGCUCACUUGGGAAAGUGAAGUGUUCUAAAUGUAAGAAAUAUAGCAACGUCUUCUGA